AUGGGCUCUGUUACCUCGCUGCCUCCAAACGUCAUGUAUAACUUCGUAGUUGAAGCAAUGAGUGGUUCCCAAAAACUCAGCACUGCAUCAGUUGAAUCAUCAACAGCCCCUGAUAUGAUGGAGCCCAUUCUGACAGUGAAGUCACUGGAUAGCACAACCUUGACAGUGGAGUUUAACUUGAGAAACGGGGUGUCUCAUUACAUCAUACGUGUCGAGAACAGCAAUGGCUUCUUCAGAGAGGUUGCAGCAUCCUCCUCUCCAGCUGAGAUUGAGUCCCUUGUGCCGUACACUGAGUACUCGCUCAGCAUCAUGGCUGUGAACACCGCAGGCCGCAGCCAGCCCUCAAUUCCUGUAACUGGAAAGACAGUUUUGGCUCCUCCUCAGCUUGCGUCCUCCUCUACGAGCAACAGCAGCAUCGUUCUAUCCUGGGAUCCAGUUGCUCAUGCCGUCCAAUACACCGUGUCCAUAUGCAAGCUUGAUUCAAACACAAGCAUGGGCGUGUACAACACCUCCAACACCAGUUUGACCUUCUCCGGCUUGGAUGCUGGCUCACUCUACGUCAUAACUUGUUUUGCUUGGGAUCUUGAAGGUCGAAAGGGAGACAGCUCGAACAUUAAACAGGCUACACGACCUCGGACCCCAGCGUCUGUCAGUGUGUCUGUGGUGAUGAAUGGCAGUGUGGCUGGACUCUUGGUGUCUUGGGAGCCAGACCAGGAGGUCUAUGGACCCAUUGAGUACAAUGUGAUGAGUGACCUAAACUUAAUGUGUAAGACCACAUCCAGCUCCUGCACCCUCUCAGUAGUGGGGUGUGGAGAGGUACACACCAUCCAAGUCACUGCCUCAAAUGAGGCUGGGCCCAGCUAUCCAUCUAGCCCUGCAGUCUUCAUCACCUUCCCCUGCCCACCUGAGUCUUUGGCACUAGUGGAGUCUUCAGAAGGCAACUGCACUCUAACGUGGAAAACCGUGGCUCAUGCUGACAGCUACAUGGCCCUUAUCGAGACAGCUGGCAGCAGUGUGGAAACCUGCAACACCACCAGCAACAACUGUACCUUUCACUGCCCGUGUGGGCAAACAUACCUCCUGUCUGUGCUGGCCUUCAACCACGCUGGCAGCAGUCCUCAAGGACAAGUUCUCAACUACACCACUUUGGUGUGUUGCCCAGAGGAUGUGUCAGUGUCAGCGGUGAGCACUGACACUCUGGACAUCAGAUGGAUGCCCUCACGGGGGGCAGUGCUGUACGAGACCCGGGCUGCACACAGUUCAGAGGUCAUCCUCUGUAAUGACACCGCACCGGUGUGCGUCCUCUCUGGCCUCAGCUGUGACACUGCCUACAGUGUGGUGGUGAUUCCCUGCAAUGAUGUGAGCGGUUGCAACCUUGCUUGUAAAGCUCACACCAAAGACACAGCUCCCUGCAUGCCAAACAAUGUGAUGCUCAAUCCAAAGAACUCCUCCUGCGUCACUGUCAGCUGGACAGCAAAUAACAGGGCUGCUAAUUACACUGUAAGCGCAAAUGGAGAUGAUGACAAACACAUCUGUAGCACCAAUAAAAGCAGCUGUGACAUCACUGACCUUUCCUGUGGCUCCACCUAUGAAGUAAGCGUCGAAGCAACCAGCACAGCUGGUCCGAGUUUACCCAGCUACUCUGAGUUUCUAGAAACAGAACCGUGUUGCCCAGUGAAUCUGACGGUGGAUCAGGUGACCCAGGCAAUCACCAACGUGUCGUGGUCUCACGCCAAAGGGGCACGCUUGUUCAUCGCCACUCUGACAUCAUCACGCGGUCAUGCCCGCUGCCAUACCCAGGACUCCCACUGCCUCAUGGGAUGCAUCACCUGCAGCACCAACUACACUGUCACCAUGGAGGCAAUCAGCCAUAACGGACGCAGGUCCAACUGCACCUAUCAGGGUUUCUCAUCAAGUCCCUGCUGUCAGUCUGGUGUCAAAUUAUACAGCACGUCCAGUAACUCUCUGCGGGUUUACUGGCGCAGCACUGGGAGCAACCACAGCUCCAUCGCAGAGAUGGUGGGGAGGAACAGCAACUACAACUGCACCGCAGCUCCUGGAGACAACAGCUGUGACUUCGGCAGCGUCCAGUGCGGGGACGUCUAUCAUUGUGGCGUGUGUGAAUUCAACCCUGGCUUCCACAGAUACUUCACAUUGCAGAAGACUGAGAGGAACAUCUUUGGUCUAAAACCAGGAACUGAGUAUAAUGUGACUGUCAAAGCUUUUGUCUUCUUCAAUGUGGCGUGUGUUAAUUCCACUCUGGCUUCCACAGUCCCUGACACAUCACAGAUAGUUGAAGGGCGAGCACUAUCAAGUACUUCAAUCAAAGUAACAUGGACAACAGUGCCUUCAGCACAGAAAUACGAUCUACAGGUGUACUCUCGGACCACUGGAGCCAUGAUGAACUUUACAUACACCAACACCACAGCUGUGGUAACAAACCUGCAGCAUUCCUCCAUCUAUGACUGCUAUGUCUACACAGUUAACCAGGCAGGCCUGGGAAGCAAAAGCAAAGUGAAGACCAUCACAACCUUGGUGCAGCCUCCAGUGGGUAUUACUGCAACACAGACUGACCAGGUUACGGCAAGAAUAACGUGGGAGCCUGUGAAUACGGUCCUUUUAUACCAUGUCAGGAUUCGCAACCUAGAUGAUCCCAGCAGCCAACCCUCUUUACACAAUGUCUCAGACACCAAGCUGGAUGUUCAAGGCAUCCUCCCAUGCUCCACCUAUCUGAUAUCAGUGUCCUCAUACAGCACGUUCUUGGUGCCGAGCGAGCCCACGAACUACACAUACACCACCAACAAGCUGACACCUGUUUCAUCGGUAUCAGUGGACUACAGCUGUACCACUAACUCUGUCACCGUGUCUUGGCCGGCUGCUUCGGGGGCCACGUCCUACAGGGCCGUGGCAGUUGGCAGUAACGGCACACAGCUGGAAUGCACCAGCCAAAGCACCAACUGUCCGAUUAAAGAACUGAGCUGUGGCCAGGAAUACAAGGUGUAUGUAACGCCCAUGUCAGACAAAUGCAAGAACUUCAUCCACAACACCUCAGCUUCUUUUAAUACUGCCCCUUGUCCUCCAGCCAACCCGAUGUUGUUGCGGGACUGCGACACUGAUGUCAUCAUUUUUUCAUGGAAUCAGACAAACGAAGUAAACCACUACUUAGCCAGGGCAGUCGACUCCAAGAAUCUGGAAACAGUAGCCGACUGCAGCGUUGACAGUUUGCUCAGCAAGUGGGACAAUGCUGAGGGGGCACUGUACUACACCGUGGCAGCUGUGGGCAACUACAGAAACAGCAGCUACAACUGCAGCUCAGUGUCCAACAGCUGUGUUAUGAAGGGCGUCAAGUGUGGAGACCAUCUGACCGUCACCAUCAGAUCUUUUGACAAUGACUGUCCCAGUCCAACAGUGCUGGGGCCACCGGCUGAGACAACCCCAUGCACUCCCCAGAACAUCUCAGCAGAGAGAAAUUGUGCAAAAGACUCCAUCUCUGUGAAGUGGGAGAUGAACAACGCAGCACUUUUCUAUGUUGCAAUGGCAAAGGACAGCAAUGGGGUCAUUCAUAGCUGCAACUCCGUGGAUAUGUUGUGUACGAUCAGUGGCUUGAAGUGCAGCACCAGCUACAAAGUCUAUGUUAUUGCCUCCAACUUCAUGUGCAACAGCUCUGAGAGUGACAUGUUUACCAUAGAGACAGUUCCCUGCCCACCAAAUAACCUCACUGCCACCCUGGACUGUGCAGCCAAUGAGGCUCUGAUUUCGUGGCAUGGAAGUGUGAGUUCCUACACUGCUACCAUUAUAGAUUCAAGUCAGCGACUUUUAAGCUGCAGUUCCACUGCAACCAACUGCAAAAUACCUAACCUGAAAUGUGGCAAGCUCUACACUGUGACUGUCAGCCAGCAUGACGGCAACUGCUCCAGCAUGCCCUCUACGCACAUCUACAUGGAGUCUGUUCCUUGUGGGCCAGCCAGCGCAAGUGCCAGGGUGGACUGUGCAUCAGGCAAUGUGACAAUAAGCUGGAACGCAUCCCAAAAUGCAGAACGUUAUAUCGUCAAAAUCUCAAACGGCACCAUGCCGUUGACGUAUAACACCACACAGACAAACCUGGCAGUCCACACACUGGAGUGUGGCCAGGAGUACACAGUGAAUUUGAUGUCCUUCAAUGGCAGCUGCGUCAGUCGUCCUUCAGAGUUAUAUUUCAGGGAAGAGCCCUGCUCACCCUCUCAGCUGACCGUCUCAGUGAACUGUAGCAGUAACUCUGCCAAGUUAGCCUGGCAGAGGAGCCCCAAUGCAGUGUCUUAUACUGGCAAAGCCAUAACCGCAGACGGUCACAAUGUGACCUGUUCCACAACGACAGAACUCAGUUGUAAUUUGGAGGGUCUGCAGUGUGGAAAGAUGUAUAACUUCACUGUGUCAGCUUCAGAUUAUUACUGUCAGAGUCCAGACAGCAAGCCAGUCAUCCAUACAACUGCCCCAUGUACUGUGCAGAAUAUGCUGACCACUCUUAACUGUACCACCAACAUACUGACCAUCAGCUGGACACCGGGAUCCAUGCCAGUGAACUACAGCACCACAGCGGUGAUGACAAAUGGCACUACACUUCGCUGCGUCACGCAGAGUUCUAGCUGUACGAUGCCUGAGUUACAGUGUGGACAGCAGUACAGUGUGAGAGUCAAGCCCAUCAGCAGCACAUGUGAAGGACCCAGCAGUGUCCCGGAGAUUGUAAAUUCAGUUCCCUGUGUUCCUGUGAACAUCCAAACCCUGGUGGAAUGUUCCACUAACAGAGUGUGGGGAUCCUGGGAUGCAGCUCCUGGGGCAAUGUACUACAUCUCCACACUGAAAGGAGCAGGAGGUUUCUCUACAUCCUGUCAAACAGCUAACCAAAGAUGCCUCUUCUCUGGUCUGCAGUGUGCUCAGACAUACAUGUUCAGUGUGAUGGCCUCCAACAACAGGUGUAACAGCUCAAACAGCGUCAUGGACACAGCAACAACUGCACCCUGUGACCCUACAAACGUGGCUGCUACUCUGAACUGCCUCUCUGAUGUGGUGACGGUUACUUGGAGGGCCAGCGCCGGCGCAAAUUAUUACACAAUCCUGGCUGAGGCCAGUGGACAUGUCGACUCCUGUAAUUCCACUGGUACUUCCUGUGAACUAACCAAGAUGCAGUGUGGGAAUGACUACACUGUGACUGUUCUGGCAGGGGACACAAAGUGCAACAGCUCCAUAUUUGCUAAAACCAACAUUACAACAGCUCCCUGUGCUCCAGUAAUCCAAGACCACUCACUGAACUGUAGCUCCAACCAAGCUUUGGUCACCUGGGUUAAGGAUGAGGAUGCCAUGACUGUCAUGGUCAAUGCAACCUCCAGUAUGGGAUAUAUGCAGUCGUGCAGCUCAUCUUCCAACAACAGCUGUGUCCUGGAUCUGCUGUGUGGAAACACUUACACUGUAAAGGCUGUCGCAAAAGGACCUCAGUGUCAGAGCAAACCCAGCUCUGCUUUUCAGAUUGUUACAGCACCCUGUACCCCUGCAAACGUGGAGUACCAAUACUCCUGUGACACUGGCAUUGCUUUUGUGAGUUGGGAUGAGACUUUGGGCAGGAAGAGAUUCUAUGUGCAUGCUCAGUCUGGAAAUCUCACAGCCUCCUGCAGCACCAGCCAGACUGACUGCUCCCUGCCCACGCUGCUUUGUAGUCGCACAUACAGUGUAAAAGUAGUAGCUCUGGCUGACUCCUGCAACAGCAGCGUGCCCGGCGUAACGACUAUACAGACAGCCCCUUGUGCUCCAGUGAACGUCAGUGCUUCCCUGCUGUGUGACAACAACACUGCGGCAGUGAGCUGGCAACACAGUCCUAGUGCAGUGUCCUACAGUGUGAAGGCAGUUGGCAGAGACGGCGACCUCAAAAGAUGUGCCACAAACAGCACAAGUUGCCUGCUACCCAACAUCCACUGCUCUCAAACCUACAUUAUCACCGUUACUCCCUUCUCUAUGCGCUGCGAAGGCAGAGAGAGUUUCCCAUACACCUACAAUGCAGGUUCCUGCCCUCCCACCAACGUCCACAUGUCUCUGCAGUGCGAUGGAAAUGUGGGCCGUGUGACCUGGGACCCUGCCCUUCGAGCAGAUCUCUACUUGGCCACAACCGCACCUUCUCUCACGGACAAACACAUCCACAACUGCUCAUCCAAUGGAACAAGCUGCUCCCUUACAGACCUCCACUGCGGAGAAACAGUCGUUGUCACUGUUGUCACCAUAGAGAGAGGCUGCACGAGCCAACCCAGCGUACCAUUCACCUUACAAACAGUCAUCUGCCCACCCACUGGUGUGACUGGAGUGACAAAUUGCAGAAACAAUGACAUCACAGUAAGCUGGGACCCAAGUCCAGAAAGCGGAGUGACCUACUUCAUCUACUCCCAAGGAAACAGUGGGAUCGCUUAUAACUACUCCACAACUCAGACGUUCUAUGUGAUGAAUGGGCUGCAGUGUGGACAAGCAUAUAUGCUCUCAGUGGCUGCCCAGGACCCUGACUGCACCAGUCUCUUGAGCAAGCAGAUAGAAACUGAGACAGCCCCUUGUCUGCCUGACAGGGUACAAGCAAAGCUGGACUGCAAUGCUAACACCUUUGCAGUGGAGUGGAGGGGAAGCCUUGGGGACAUUGAUUACACUGCAAUCGCCAUCGGCAGCGACAAGACACGGAGAACUUGCAACUCUAGUAGCACCAACUGCGUCAUCCAGAACCUAACUUGUGGCCUCAUUUACAGCAUUGUCGUCACAACCUCGUCAAUCGACUGCGGCUUCAUUGAAGGCUCCAACUAUGAGAUACAGUCAGCCCCCUGUAAGCCAAACAGCGUGAUGGUGAAUUUGCAGUGCAGCACAAACAUGGCGACUGUCAGCUGGGCAAACUCAGGCCCAGACCAACUGCAGGUGGUGUCAGCGAGGGACAGCAGAGGAACAGUCACCACCUGCAACUCCACCAGCUCCAACUGCACCUUCAGUCAACUUAAGUGCGGGGAAAUAUAUGCCGUCAGUGUGGUCGGUCUCACAAGCAACUGCAGCAGUGAACUGGCUUUUGCCCAAAGACUCAACACGGCUCCAUGCAAUCCCACACACGUCACAGCAAGGGUGGACUGCAACACCGGCAUCACUGCAGUCACAUGGGAUGCUGCGCUGGGUGCCACAUCUUACACUGUCUAUGCUCGGGGCAGUCUGGGCUACAAUGCUCAGUGUAACAACACCGACACCAACUGUGACUUCCUUAACCUGGCCUGUGGACAAGACUACAACAUCACAGUGGUGGCUCGCCAUAACACCUGUGUCAGCAUGGUCAGCGAGACUGUCAAGACCACCACAGGUCCUUGUCCCCACAGUGGUCUGAGAACAUCCCUGGACUGCAACACCAACACAGCUGUGGUAUCUUGGACUACAGGAAUUGGCAUCCUCUACUACAAUGCCACAGCUCAAGCCUUCGGCUCCAUAGACAAGCAGACCUGCUCUACAAAUGGCUCCUCCUGUAAUAUCAGUUCUCUGCAGUGUGGGGAAAGCUACAAAGUGAGCGUCAGUGGGCAGGGACUAUACUGCAGCAGUCCUGCUCAGGACUGGCAGAGAGUGAACACAGCUCCCUGCCCUCCCACCCAGCUGAUGGUGAACUCUUCAUGCAAAUCAAACAACAUCUCAGUGUCCUGGCAGGCCUCUCAAGGCUCAGUCUCCUACAUGGCAGUGGCUGAAAAUGAACAGGGCCGCCGGUGGUCGUGUAACACCAGCAGCACCAGCUGCCAAAUAUCUGGUCUGCUCUGUGGGCAACAGUACAAUGUCUACGUUGUCGGUAUUGAUGACAAGUGUACUGGAGCCAAGAGUGACAUGAAGAAGAUUCGCACUGCUCCGUGUGUGCCACAGAACAUACAGAACCAUCUGGACUGCCUGUCUGGUGUCCUGAACAUUACCUGGCAGUCGACAGGUUACUUUUUGAACUUCCGCGCCUCUGUGGUGAACAGCAAAGGUCAAAAGAGCGUUUGCACAACUCCUACGCAUUACUGCAUUGUACAGAACAUGCAGUGUGGGCAGACCUACAAUGUUACAGUGGUGGCCCAAGAUGAAGCUUGCAACAGUUCCCAUAGCCCCACAGAGCAGGUCUCUACAGCUCCCUGCCCUCCCUCAUCCUUCCUUUCUAAUGUGAACUGUGGCACUGGCGUCGUAUCUGUCACCUGGAACAAUAGUGUGGCAGGGGUGAUGUAUACAGUGUCUGCUGCAGAUGCCAAAGGUGCCAAACACAACUGCAGUAGCACAAACAACGGCUGUAAUCUCAGCACACUGGCGUGCGGGAUGCAGUACAAUGUCACAAUCACACCAUCCAGGAAUGAAUGUGUGGGCAAAGACAGCCAAACUAAAAUGGUCAAAACAGUUCCUUGCGUACCCCAGCUGUCAGACGUGGAGAUCGACUGCUUGACGAACUCAGCGUGGGUGAUGUAUAACGAGUCUGCCGGAGCCAAAGAAUAUGUUGUGGUGGCAACAGACACCAGGGGUGCUGUUCAGACAUUUGAUUGUAACUCCACGUCAGAUGGGAUGUGUUCUCUGCCACCGCUUACAUGCAGCCAGAAUCUCACCAUUACCCUGAAGGCCAAGGACCAGCAGUGCACCAGUGCACCCAGCAACUCUGUCAAAACCGAGACAGGUGCUUUAACGUACACGGCCACGCUGGAAGACGUGUACGGAGACAGUACCACGUGUUGCACUACAUCAAACACUAGCUGUGAUGUCACACAUCUGCCAUGCGGCGAAAUUUACAUCGUGCACGUCACGGCUGAGGGACGAACCUGCAACAGCUCAGAGAGCGAACAGCUGAUGUUUAGGACAGUGCCAUGCGUUCCUGAGAAUCUCAAAGCCAGCCUGAGCUGCAGCAACAAUGUGGCUUCCAUGUCAUGGAGCUCUAUAAAGGAAGGACAGCUUUUCAGCGUAAAGGCAGUGGGUACUGACGGGCAUGUGGACGAGUGCAGAGUUCCUGACAAGCAGUGUGAACUGACCAAUCUGCACUGUGGACAGUACUACACAGCCACUGUGUCUGCAGAGGACAUGACGUGCAAGAGCAAACCGAGUGAGAAUGUGACGAUCAAGACAGUGCCGUGCACUCCAGCAAACGUCUCCUCCGUGGUCGACUGUCAGGCCAAUUCUCUCAUCGUUUCCUGGUCGAAAAGCUCAGGAGCCGAUUCCUACAUCGCCACACUGCACGACAGCACCAAUCAGGGCACAACAUGCCAGGCCACAACAGAGGGCUCCUGCAAUGUGACAGGACUCGGCUGUGGACAGAUCUACCAUGUUUCCGUAGUGUCUUCUGAUGGGUACUGCAACAGCCCGCCCACUCCUGUUGUUGACACACCGUCAGUGCCCUGUAAUGCAAUAAAUAUCAGGGCAUAUAUGGACUGUGCGAUUAAGGCAGCUGUGGUUUCAUGGUGGCCGAGUGAUGGAGCCUUGUCAUACAUCGCGAUGGCCACUACAAAGUCAGGUCACAACGUCACCUGUGAGACCAACAGGACCUCCUGUGACCUGACAGAGCUGCUCUGUGGACAGAGCUACUCUGUGUCUGUCAAAGCAAUAGGAAAGACCUGCAGCAGCAUCGCUAAAAUGACAGGACAGCUGGUCACUGAGCCUUGCAUCCCAAUCCAAAUCACCACCCAGUACAGCGUGACAAUCGGCCAGGUGCAGUGGGACAUAACCAAGGGUGCUAAUUACUACACAGUCACGGGGCAAACAGACCAGGGACUCACCACCUCCUGUGUUACCAAUGACACUUACUGUGCAUUGUACAACAUGAACUGUGGCCAAAUGUACAGCAUCGUUGUCACAGCAAACAACUUUGUGUGCCAAAAUGUGUCUACCUCUACUGAACAAGUUUUAAUUGUGACAGAGCCGUGCCCGCCCAAUAACGUGCAGACAAACGUUAACUGUCAGAAUAACCAGGGGAUGGUCUCCUGGGAGACAAGUUUUGGUGCAGUGGGUUACGAGGCUCGCUUCGCUGGCCGUGACGGACACUCGCUGUCCUGUCAUACUAAUGCCACUUCCUGCAGCGUGGAAGGACUUCACUGCGGAGUCAUCUACCACACUAAUGUCAUUGCUAUUGGGGAGAAAGUCAAUAGCAGCAGGUCCAACACUGUCCUGCUGUAUUCAGCUCCCUGCGCAGUUGGAAAGUGCACAGCUAACCUGGACUGCUACAAUGACACAGCCACAGUCUCCUGGAGUCCAGUCAGUGGAGCAAACUCCUACAUGGUGACUGCUGUUUCAGCAGAUGGUUCCCGCGCUUCCUGUGAGAGUACUGAACAUCAGUGUAAUCUGACAGAGCUGGAGUGUGGACAGGUGUACAACGUCACUCUCGUAACCAUCAGCGACCACUGCCGGACUGAGAAAAGCACUAAUAUCUCCUUUAGCACACGCCCCUGUAAGCCGUCACGUGUGGGAGUGGAUCUACAGUGUGGGACAAGUACAGCCAACAUGUAUUGGGAGGAAAGCGCGGGAGUGGAGCUCUACAUGGCUACUGCCACCAACAUGGGAACAACACUGAAGUGCAACUCCACCAAUUCCACCUGUCAGUUCUCUAACUUGACCUGUGGGGACACCUAUAAACUCUCCGUCAUUGCAUACAGCAACAGGUGCUACAGUGAAAUCAGUAGCACUGUGGAGAUUCAGACAGAACCCUGUAAGCCAGAUGGUUUGAGGGUCCAUGGGUCAUGUAACAAUGAGACGGUGCUGCUGUACUGGUUUAAGGCUAAAGGAGCAUCGGCAUAUAUUGUGAAAGCAGACGGAAACCUGGGAUACAGCACGUCUUUAAAAACUAAUAACACAAUGAUAGAGACCAACCUGCCCUGUGGACAGCUGUUCACAUUCACUUUAAAAGCUCAAGAUGACUGGUGUGACAGUCCUACAAGCCGGCCUGAAAAAUACAUGACAACCCCCUGCGUCCCGGCACAUGUACAGAGCUUUACACGCUGUGAGCAGAGCCUGGGCUCAGUCAGCUGGGCCGCGAGCGAUGGCGCAGAGUCCUACAUGGCCAUUGCAACAGGACAGGAUCGCCACAUCCACACGUGCACCACAAACACCACCAUCUGCACCUGGAAUGAUCUACACUGUGGUGAAACGUACACAGUUUAUGUCGUUGCCAUGAACUACGUAUGCACCAGCAUGCCGAGCAACAGCACUUCAAUUCGGAUGGGCGGCAGAUUCAGUGUGCACAAGCCGCCCCAGCCCACCUUUAAGUCUUACAUCAGUCUUUUCUCCUUUCGUCCCAAAGAGCCCUGUUCACCCACCGGUAUCUCCAGCUUCAUGAACUGCAUCUCCAACAUUGCUGUGGUGUCGUGGACUGGCUCGGCCGGUGCAGAGUACUACAUUGCCAAAGUUAGGACGGAAGAUGGACAGUCUUCGAGCUGCUGGUCUGACAGCGAGCAAUGUGCCAUGCCCAAUGUCCUCUGUGGACAGAACUACACAGUGACUGUGGUGGCCUCAAACAGGAAGUGUAACUCUGAUCCCAGUAAAGGUGACCCACUGCGAUCAGUUCCCUGCACACCCAACAUUGGCACAGUGAUUCUGGACUGCUUCACCAACUCAGCCCUCUUGGACUGGGCCUACGCUGAGGGUGCCUUGUAUUACAAUGCAACAGCACACUCAUCCAGUGGCCAUGUUUCCACCUGCAGCUCCAACAUCACCAACUGUGAGCUGCCAGGCUUACAGUGUGGUCAGAUCUAUGACGUGAUCACUGUGGCCUCAAAUUAUGAGUGCAGCAGCCCUCCCAGCUCCACACUCCAGGUGGAAUCAGUGCCUUGUCCUCCCGAGGAUGUUAUGCAUGUACUGGAUUGCUCUACUAACACAGCUGUGGUGGAAUGGCAGGCCAGCAGAGGGGCGGACUACUACAUUGUCCAAGCCGCCGGCGUGGAAGAAGAUGAAACGAGUUGCGAGACAAUGUCACAGUCCUGCAUCCUCGCAGACCUCUUAUGUGGAUUCACCUACAACAUCAGCGUGAUUGCUGUUAAUGAUGUGUGCAAUGUGUCAAAGAGUGACACACAGCAGAUGCAAGCAGUGCCCUGCAUACCACACCUAGUGGAGGCCGGGGUUGUUUGUGAGUCUGGUGCUGUGGCAGUGUCUUGGGAGCCAAGUAAAGGAGCAUUAUCCUACACGGUAGUUGCCCAGGGCCGCGGUGGCUACGCUUCAGUUUGCAACAGCAACGACUCAACCUGCCUGCUCGGUGACGUGCUGUGCGGCCUCAACUACUCGAUCACUGUUACUGCUUCAGAUGACACAUGUAACAGCACUCAAAGCUCUGCUGUGGAGAUCAACACAGUGCCAUGUGUGCCUCAGAAAGUAAGAGCUGAGAUGGUGUGCAGGAAUGACACAGGAGUGGUAUCAUGGGAAGAAGGGGAGGGUGUGUCCAUCUACAAGGUCCAGGCUUUUGGACCUGAUGGUCACAAGUCAGAGUGCGACACAACUGAAAGCAGUUGCAAGCUACCCAACAUGCACUGUGGCCAGCUCUACAACCUGACAGUUACAGCUCAGGAUGGACGCUGUGAUAACAGCCGAGCCCACCUCAGCCUGCAGUCAGUGCCAUGUAAGCCAACCAGCGUGAAAGCUUCUUUACGAUGCCACUCAAACUCUGCUGCAGUGACAUGGGAGGGGGCCAGCGGAGCUCUCCUAUAUACUGCAGUGGGUGUUACAGCAGAUGGCCGUUACAGGGCUGAGUGUAACAACACUAUGACCUUCUGUGAUCUGAGUGAGCUGCAGUGUGGGCAGACCUACAAUGUUAGCGUGUUCAGCCAGGAUGAGUCCUGUUCCAGUUUGGAGGGCAACAAAGCUUACGUACGAACAGCGCCUUGUCCACCACAGAAUGUGGUUGUUGGUGCACAAUGCGGAGCAGGUUCCAUGGUUGUGUCCUGGUCCCCCAACCCUGAUGCCCAGUACUUCCACGUGGCUGCAGUGAGCAACACUGGGGCGAGACUCUACUGUAACUCUACUGGAAAUAGCUGCACUCUAAAUAAUCUACCCUGUGGACAGAGCUACAACAUCACUGUGCUGUCUAUAAGAGAUGGUUGCCAGAGCAAACCGAGCGCUGUGGUGGAGUCUUCUUCAGCUCCAUGCAUACCCAGGAACAUUAAGGGUAGUCUGGACUGCAUAUCAAACAGUGCCUGGGUGACGUGGGACGACUCGAUGGGAGCAACCAGUUACUUUGUGCUGGCCCGAGCAGCCAAUGGUCACAACUCCAGCUGCACUACCACCUCAUCUCCCUGUAAAGUCCAAGAUUUGAACUGUGGGACACUUUACACCUUUAAGCUCAAGGCUAUCAACAAGCACUGCAGCAGUAUUGACAAUGCCACCUUUGAGCUUGAGACAGGUCCUUGCACUCUAACAUCCAUCAGUGCAAUGAGCCAAUGCAACAGUGACACCAUCCUAGUUGAAUGGAAGAAUGUUCACUGCGGCAUGCACUACAGCGUCAUAGUAGCAACUUCCUCUGAUAAGUGCAGCAGCCUCAGAAGCCCUCCAAAGAAGAUCCAAACAGCACCUUGCGUCCCAGCCAAUGUAACAGUGGUGCCAUCGUGCAAGGACGCUGGGGCCAAAGUGAGAUGGGCGGACUCUCUGGUGCCCACAUCAUACCAGCUGAUAGCCACAACUCGAGAUGGACACGUGGCAACCUGCAACACCUCAGUGAACAACUGCUCUUUGGUUGAUCUUCACUGUGGUCAGCUGUACAAUUUAAGCAUCACUGCCAGAGGGGAGAACUGUACCAGCUAUCCCAGCAGUUCAUCCUUUAAAACAGGUACAAAUAACUGA